AUGUCAGACACCCCAGCGGACACACCCACGAGCCGCAAAACACGAAAUUCCCUUUCGUGCACGCAAUGUCGGUACAAGCAUGUUCGCUGCGACGGCCAUAGGCCAGUUUGCUCGCGCUGCGCCACAAACGCAAUACAAUGUGUUUACGCGGCAUCACGGCGGCGCGGAAAUCCUAAAGCAAAGAGAAUCCUGCUGUCGCCUACAACAACCGUUAAUGCAAGCUCGCUCCAUUCCUCACUACCAACAUCUACUACCUCAUCAGCCUCGUCUAUCACCAUUAGCCGAGAUGUUGAUCCAUCUUCCAAUUCGGCUUCCCAAUUUCUCAAUUUGUAUUACGAGUUCUUUCAUGCGGCCCAUCCUUGCAUCUUGCCACUUCAAGUUCUGAAAGAUCGUCUCACGGAAACGCAAUUGCAACCUCUUAUUCAAGUAAUAUGUUAUGUCGGAUCUGUCUUUGAUAAUUCCCAUCCGCAACUAUCCGAAUCAUUGGCCCAGCAAGCCCAUGAGUCCGUGGCCGAGAUUCGGGCACAAACACGGCGCCUCAACCCUUUCGAUGUACAAGCCCUACUGCUUUAUUCUAUUGCUAUCUACUGGUGCAACAAGACCCAGAAUGGCGUUGAGCUUCUUGACGAAGCCAUUCGUAUGGCGGUCGCCCUUGGCAUGAACAAAAAGGAGUUUGCUCAAACAUACGGGGAAGCUGAUCCUGUUGUUGAAGAGAGUUGGCGGCGUACUUGGUGGGUGAUCUAUAUCACCGACGCUCACAUUGCAGGUAUGAAACUUGAGCCUGAGUUUGGUCUGGGCUAUAUCGCUGAUUAUUAUAGGAUCAACGCAUAUACAAUCCCGUCUCCAAAGUCACUGGAUGAUUAUGAGAACAGGGAAUUCCUUGGUGAAGAUGAGACAGAAUUCUCAUCUUAUGCGCAGCUUAUUGGCUUGACUGUCGGAAUCGAUCGAGCCUUGGCCCCAGGAAACACGACUGAUUAUCACCUCUACGCUAGAAUGGCUGCCAACUCCGAUACUAGUAUCUUGGCAUGGUUCUCCCUCCUUCCUCCGGGGAAGAGGCAGUUGGUUCGUCCAGACGGAUCAUUUGAUGAAGUCAUGUUCAAAGCCCUCUUUAUUAUGCACACAUAUACUGUCGAGAUCCAUCGGCCGCUGUCGGGCUUGACUCACAGCGCAAUCGAGUCCGUCUCACGCUGUGCUCCAUUAGCCCCUUCGGACCAACUCAACUGUAACAACGCACAUGAACGCGAUCUGCAUACUGCCAGAUGCACGCAAGCCAUCAAUAGCAUCGAUGAGCUAUUGACCCUGCCGACUGAUAUGAAUAUGCAUUCGCCAUUUAUCAUUUGCAUGAUAGCUAAUGUGACCAUUGCUCAUUUAUCGGCUUGCAGAUUCAUAUUUUCUGGGGAUCGACGAGCCGCAAGUCGUGAGAAAAUUCGUCUGACUAUGGGUACCUUGAAGCGUCUGAGCGAGCACUGGACUCUGGGCAAACGAACGUAUCGUGAGAUAGGUACCAUCGCGCGAGAAUUAUUAUCAUUGGCAAAGGACCCAGCGACUAGUUCGGCGACAGUUACAACCAUUGAUACCAUUGAUUUGCCUCUUUCUGAUUCACAAUCACUUGCAUUACCGGGCUUCGACAUGUUAACCGACGGCGAUUUCGAUUUUUCUGCCUUCUUAAAUUCGGGAACUACUGGUAUAACCGAAGCGCGUUCAGUUUUCUUAUAA